AUGGAUGAUGCUUUCUACUUUACGUGCCAACAGGCUAGGUUUCAUGAGCUCUCGGGACCUUUCAAAGCGUACGAUGGCAGUACAGCCAACCAUGGACCGAAUUCUGUCUCGGCAGUCGACAAUGUGAGAGCGUACCUUCAGAGCUGUGAAGUCUAUGCCGCCCGCGACCUGAAGUACGAUGGCGAUAUCCUCGCUGCUUUUCGAGGUUCUCGAAUGCUAUAUGGUGUCCCGGAGAAAUAUCUCGUGGCGACCUGGCUGUGGACAGCCGAAGGCAAGCAUCAGAGACGUCUGGAAUGCCCGGAUAUUCCGACAUGGUCGUGGGCAGCUUGGAAAGGAUCAUUAUCGUACGGCACUACCAGUACAAAAGGCAGUCAUGGCGACCGCGCUGCUAUGCUGGGCACUCUCGUCUGCUUUUAUGUCCAAGAUAAGGCCGGGAAGCUUUCGCUUUUGAAUGUCGAGGAGUGCUGGUUCUAUCAGCCCCUACUGAUCGAGCCACCAAGUAGCAUCAGUCUUGCCAUGCCGAGUAAACCAAUCAAGCCGAACUACUCAGCUGGGGUCGACAGAUAUCAGGAUUGGCCGACAACAACCGAGACGGAGGCACUAUGGUCGCAAUGUCCACAAAGUCCAUGGACAAUCAUGCAACAAGAUCUUCUGUUACACGGCGGUCAUCAUAUGACGAGUCUCCCCAGCCAUGCAAUCAUGUUCCGCACCACCAUCGCCAUGCUCCAGGUCGGUCCAGGAACUACCGACAAGAACGUCUCUUCUUUCAUAGCAAUGCCUAUACUGUACAACGCCAGUGGGGAGGCUGUAGGAGACCUGAUAGAAGGAGACUCGGCACCUAGAUCUGUGACGCUGGGCAAGCACGAGUUUAUAGUCUUGUGCGCCGGUACAGAUCCUGCUGACACUGUACUUCGUCGAAAGAGCGAAAAUGAGCGGGCUCGAACCUAUGAGCUUCGGGUGAUGCAGAUAGAGCGUGACGUGGCAGAUCCUCGUCUGUGCCGUAGAGUAGAUAUAGGUUGUGUCGUGGCGGAAAAGUGGGAGGGUUGCUUACCAGAAUGGAAGAAUAUAGUUCUCAUAUGA